AUGCAAUCAACCAUAGCAAUUAAAUGGAUUUGUAACAUUGGCAGUGGUGGAGUAACAUUGUUAACAAAAGAGAUGCUCAAGAAGCAUUCUUAUAGCUCACAAUCAGUUAAAGAUUUGUUUUUUCAAACAUGUCGUCUUGCUCAUAGCUGUAUACGUUUUCCUGAUAUCAACAAUCGACGCAUUAUUACCGAUCCAACUAAAGCUGCUAGCUCAACAGAAGAUAAGCGACGUUUAAUACGACAAGGGGUCAUUUAUGGAAUUGGUGGUGCUAUUUAUCUGAUGAUGGCUACGAAACUUGUCCAGACUGCUGUUCAUUUCAAAAAUAUGCCUUCCGAUCAAGUUGCUCUUGGCACAACACGAAUUAAUCUGGAUGAGAUACAUGAAGGACAGUGUAAAACGUUCAAGUGGCGUGGCAAGCCAUUAUUUGUGAAGCAUCGUACAAAGGCGGAAAUUGAGGAAGCUCGAAAUGUGAAACUAAGUGAACUGAGGGAUCCGGAAGAAGACUCAGCUCGUGUAAAACGUCCGGAAUGGCUUAUCUUGAUUGCAGUAUGCCCACAUCUGGGAUGUGUCCCUUUACAUGGAAAGGGUGAAUACGAUGCGUGGUUAUGUCCUUGUCACAGCUCAUUAUUCGACAAGUCAGGUCGUAUACGAUCGGGACCAUCACCGAGUAAUCUCGAAGUACCACCGUACAAAUUUUACGACGACCAUACUGUAGUGAUUGGUGAAGAGUGA